AUGCAACUAAGCGGUAUUCCGGUUAUCUACUACCUCAUCUACCAGUUAUUUUCCACGGUAUCGUCACAGAAAACUUACAGUUAUGGAGUCACAGGACGCGAAUUUAUACAUGAACCCAGUUCCCGUCUCUCUAGAUACCGUUCCACAUCGGUAUCCUUGAAUCCCCUGGAAGAUAAUCUUCGAGUCCAACAGAUUCUUAAAAAACUGGAAGAUCCAGGUGGAAUAGAGAUUCGUCGGAAAUCAACAUCUCGUAAAUUACAUGGAGUUAUCAGUGAACCCCUUGGAAGACCAUUAGUGUUAAGUGGAGGAUUAAGUAAUGAUGAACGGGCAGUCACAAAAAAAGUCAGGAAGGCUCCAGUGUCAAGGAGGAAGGAAAAGUCUCCGGAAGUGAACCAAUUCGAAAUGGACCUGGCCCGUCAAAUCGAAGAGGACCAACUGAAAUUCGUUGAAGAUGAAAAGAACCCAAUGAAAUAUGUGGUUGAAAAUGGUCUACUAUUCAAACAAUCCCGAUAUUCACCAUUGGCAAGAGUAGAGAUACCACAGAUGGUUCCACCGAAAUUUGUGCUAAAGAAGAGGAAGAGAAAACAAAGGAAAGUGGUGAAGAAUAAGAGAAUUAGAACAAUUUCAUCUGGAACGGGGGAAGUGGGAUCUGUGUUUCGGACAAAUGUUUUUCGAGGGAACAUCAAUCGACAGAUCCCGGCGAUUCCGUUUCCAUCGCCCUUUUCCGCUGCCUAUGGAAAACCAUCAUUUGCAAUCCAGCGAGAAGAAGAUGGAACUUGCUACACAAAUCGAUUCGGAUACAGAUGCUGUGACGAAGCUCUAGAAUCUCUGAUCCUCAAAAGUUACGAGAAAAUGCGCCGACGAUCCGACAGUCUAGAAGAGAAUCUAGCUAAAAUUGCAUCCACGUUGAGAAGGGAUAGUCGGCAAGUAUUUGCCAAAAACUUUGAAGCUAUUGUGUCCUCUUCAAAUUUUGGCACUUCUAUCCCUUCUGAUUUCUCAUGUAAAGUGGAAUUAGGACCAUCCCGUUUCGUAGCCCAAGUAUUCGUCCCAGAACUUGGAUUUGAUGCAAAACCAACAAUUAGUAGACACCGAAUACCGUAUCAUGAGUUAUCAAGAGAAGAUCUCAGUGAUUCCACAGAUUUAGUGGUCUCCAGAAAUGACACACUUCAAAUGUGCGGCAAGAAGAACAAGAAGGGCGCACCGGCGAAGAGCGAAGUGCCCAAGUCUGGAAUCGACGCUUCCGAAUCCGGAGCAGCUCCACCACCAGCACCGGAUGCGACUCCGGAAAAGAAGGACGAGUAG